UUUACCGGAAUAUAGGUUAAGGUGCGCGUGGGAGAGCGCGUGCACAUGGUUGUUGAGAGAGAGCAUCUGCCUACACACACACACACACACACACACACACACAUACACACACACACACACACAUACACACACACACACACACACACAGGGAGGAUGCUGCUGUCUCAGUUCAGACAACAGACGCUCAGCUGAAGAAGAACCGGGACUGAACGGACCGACACACCGACACCGUCACCAGGAUCCAACCGGGCACAGAGCCACCGGCGCCGGGCUGAACCUCCUCCCUGUCGGCGUGAUUCUCCUCGGAGCUCCGGAGCGGCGGAGCGGCGGCGGACGGGAGCGGAGGCAGCAUGAAGAAAAGCAACCAGAGCAAACGGGGCGUUCAGGACUCGGGUCAGCCAGCCGUCCAGCAGCCAGAGAAGGUCGGCUGGAUCAGGAAGUUCUGUGGCCGAGGGAUCUUCAGGGAGCUUUGGAGGAACCGCUACGUGGUGCUGAGAGGAGAUCACCUGUUCAUCUCUGACAAGGAGGUGAAGGAUGAGCGGAAGGCGCAGGAAGUGUUCGACCUGGCCGACUACGAGCGUUCGGAGGAGCUCAGGAAAGCAAAGAGCCGCAGCAAGAAAAACCACAGUCGCUUCACUCUGCUGCGCUGCAGACAGCCCGGAAACACGGUUCCCAACCUCGUGUUUCUGGCAGUGAGUCCUGAGGAAAAGGAAUCAUGGGUCAACGCGCUCAAUGUGGCAAUCAUCAAAGCCAAGAACCGAGUUUUAGACGAGGUGACCAUUGAAGAGGACAGUGUGUUGGUUCAUCCCACCAGAGACAGAGUGAAGAUCCCUCAAGGCCGCCGGCUGCCGACCAGAGGACACCUCAUGGCCGUGGCGUCCACCUCCUCCCACGGUAUGCUGACCCUGGAUCUGGUCACUGAGGAAGACUACGAUGGCGACUCACGGGGGUCCUGGGAGCACGGUUUCCGGGUCGAUCUGCAGAGGGGGGGUUCUUGUGGGCAGGUGGCAGUGGUCGGAACUCGGGAGGUGGGAGGUCGUCAGCGGUCCGGCACUGAUGUCUCAAAGCUGCGGGUGACAUCCAAGGAGCCCAAGGUGAAGACUGGGAGUCUGCCCAGGGGGAGUGAGCGAUCCUGGGGCAAACAGUCCCACCUGGAGGCCUCCAAAGUGCAUAUGACCCAGCAGGUCCUCCAGGCUCAGUCUCAAACGCCGCAGCCAGGGAAGAGGUUCAGCAUGCAGGGCCGGAGUCGCUGUGCCUCCAUGGAUGAAGUCCUCUCCUCCAGACCGGCGAUGAUCCGCUCGGAGUUGCGGUCCGCUCUGCGUCGUUGUCCGACAGAAGAGGAGGCGGGCGGCGGGGCUUCGGUCCAGCCGGUUGGUCAGCUGCAGAGCCUCAUCGCCCAGAGGAUGCAGAGAGCUCAGGAGCUGCUGGAGGAGAUGAGACUGCAGGAGCUGCAGAAGGCCAAAGCAGAGAGAGAACGAGGAGGCAGCUCACCUUACCCGAAGGGCAUCGACUCCCCUCGCCUCCAUCACCUCAGGGGCUCCGACUCUCCUCACUCCAGCAGGUCAUCAGGAUCUCCAAGGAGCAGGAGCAGCGACUCUCCUCGCCUCCGAGGCAAAGACUCUCCUCGUCUGCGAGGGAGAGAGUCUCCUCGCUCCAAAGCAAAGAGGAAUCGCUCCAAAGGGAGCGACUCACCUCGCUCCAGAGGAUCCCAUUCGCCCGCUGCUAAAGCAAACGACUCCCCUCACCUGAAAGAUUCACCUCGUCUGACUGUCACCGACUCUCCUCGAUCAAAGAGCUCCGACAUAGUCUGUUCACCAAAACUCAAGGAAUCAUCCAGUUCUCCUCGUUCCAACAGGGAGGAUGACUCUCUGAAGUCGCCUGAAUCGCCUCCAUGCCUCAGAGGAUCUGACUCCUCGCAGGUCAAAGGAUCUGAUUCGCCGCGAGGCAGUGAAACCGACUCCCCCGGGCUCAGGAGCAGCAAGGACUCAUCCUGUCCAAGUCAGAAGAACUCCCCGAGCCAGUCCGGAUCCUUCGAGUCCUCGCAGCCUAAAAGCCCCGACAAAGACCGCCUGUCCCCGCCUCCGCCCGCAUCGCCUCCCCCUCUGCUGUCGGAGGAGGACCUGGAAGUGGAGAGGAGGCGAGCAGAGGCAGAGCGCCUCCUGGAGGAGGCUGUGUCAUCCUGGAAGGAGGCGCAGGAGGUGCUGCAGGAAGUGAAGGAGCUGCAGAGUCAGACACUGCGACGGCAGCGCAGGAGGACCUACGAGAAGAUGACAACAACAGUGGCGGCGACAACCGCAGCAGCAGAGGGGGAUGACAUGCCCACCUCACCAACAUCACCUGAGGAUGACGACGAGUCUGAGACACCAUGAUGAAGAAUCUUCUUACAAAUAUAUAUUAAAUUAUUGAAUUUUCUCAAUGGAAGUAGCAGCGUUUUUCAGCAUGCUUUGAAACAAAACAGCUUACGCACAGAAGAGCAGACACAAAUUUGGAUAAUUUUGUAGUUUUUGAUUAUUUGAUUAUAUUCCUUAAUUGUUUUUAUGUCUUUUAAUCAGGGGACGGCGGGAUGCACGUGAACACUUAAAUGUGGAUUAUUUGAAACCAGCGAUACAGUUCUUCCCAGGAGGUUUAAUGACUUUAAUCCUCCACAGUGCACUAGACUGUUACAAGUGAGACGCCCUCUCACUUCUGCUGCCCGUUUUAUCCAAAAAGUCUCUUUGUGUGACAGAUGGGUCAUGUUUGAGUAAAUACAAUUUUAAUGGACAGGCACUCACAUUCACCUUCUGUGAUGGUGCUGCACGUUUCCUUCUUUGUCUUUAUUCGCUGAAAGUGAAGUGAAAUGCCUCCAGUUUAUCAUUUGUUAUGAGGGGAAGACACAUUUUUGGAAGAAGAAUUUUAGGGGUUUUUGGAUGCAUUUUUUUCCAAGCAAAGAUGUCAACAUUUAUAUGAUGGGAAACUUUUUCAAUACAAUGAAAACAAGAAGGCACUGAAGAGCACUACGUUUCCUAGGGGCAUGUUGGGUUUUGGGGGAUUUUGUGUAAAUUUCCUCUUUUUAAAGUAACAAUAGACUGAAAAUGGACUUCCAAUACUGACAGUUAUUAUUUAAAUAUCUGUUACCUUAUUUACUAGCUUAUCAAUAUAUGUAUACAUAUAUAUAUAUAUAUAUAUGUAUAUAUAAUGUUUUUAUUCAGUGACAUUUCUGUUAGAAUUGUCUUUUAAAUUUACAAUCCUUGCUUUAGUUGUAGCCUACAUGUUCCUUGUCCUCCCAGCUCACUGGGGAUGUUUUUAACAUAAACAAAGUUCAAGUUUAUAGAGGUUCCUGUUAAACGUCAGCAGUGAGUUUUGUCCAGCUAUAAAACAAAAAUCAGGGAGUUUAAUUUCUGCACCAUAGUGAGAGAAUAAGCAAUAAUGUCAAUAAAGAACAAAUAAAAUGUUUACUUGUUAAUCAGUUAUGGGCUGUAACAGAACAGGAAGCAGAUUAACCUGCCAGGAGAAGAAUAUAAACUCUAUAAACUCCUGUUCCUCUGUGCAAUAUGUCGUUUUUCUUUGCUAGGAUACUAUGAGGCCCCAGAUUAGCUGUAUGCUAAAAUGUAAUGAAAUAAUAUGUAACAUGCACAAAACUGAAAUCAAGAGGAUCUGAAAACUGGAAUUAAUUUGAAUUAUUUUAAAUGAGCACAAACCAGUUAAGGCCCAGUCACACCAGAAAGUGAUGCAGUACAUUUCAUCCGCUGCGCUCAGUGUUUGCUAACAUCACAGGACUAGACAAGCUAAAGGCCGAGAUGUUAGCCAGCCAGGAACAAGCUAACGUAAGUAACAAUAACUCUCUGAGCUUCUUUCUGUUUACUUCUCCCCGAUGCUUUGACGUAAAGUCAGAAAUAAAAAAUACUCACUGAAUUACUUAUAAUUAGAAAUAGUUAUAACACACAAACAUGCACACAA